UGGAAAUAUCAUUGUGGUGCUUCUUGCUUCCGACAGUUAACAAUUGUGCAUCCUCUGCUUUUACCGUAUGACUUCUACCUUAAGAAAGCUGGAAAAAAGGCACUCCAUGUGAUUGAUUAAGUUUGCUGCAUAGUUUUUGUGCUCUGGCUUUGUCAUCUUACCAUAAGUAUUCCUUCCAAAAAAUAGUAUACAUGUGGAAAUGCCAAUCACACUGGAGAGCUCUAUCAUGAUUGUUCAGGCAGCCCCACCUGAAUUGUUUGUACCUUAAAUCUCUUACCAAUUAAAGUAGUGAUCUAAACACUCUUAUAUUUCUUUACCGAGGGAGUACCAAUAUACUGUUCUGUUUUCAAUGGCAGUGAGACACUUUCACCCUGUCCAUCUUCCCAGCCUAAAGAAACUCAUCCAAGUUAACUUUGUUACCUUAAUUCUGUCCACCUUAAUAAAUCUUCUUCAGCUUCCUUUAUAACAUAUGGAAUAUAACAGGAUAUCCAAGAAGCUGCUUUUGACAUAGAUUGCUUCCAUUCGACUGCUGUAUGUGCUUUUUAUCUGAUAAUAACUCAGUUCAAACUUGCCACAUGACAAAUCACUUCCUAAACAACAAUGUCCUGGGGGGUCUCCUCUGAGAUUAUAAUGAAUGUUGUAUCCUCAAUUUAUUAUAGUAUUCAAUCCAAAAUACUUCUCAUGAGUCAUGAGUCAUGAAUAUGACCCUUCGAUGAUUACAACUGUAUCACUAUCCAUAAGACACUUCAAUUCCUCCGAGUUUAAUGUUGCAAUCCAUAGCUCAUACUAUAUCAUUUAUCUUGUUUUCAAUGGCAGUGAGACACUUUUGCCCUGUCCAUCUUCCCAGCUUAAAGAAACUCAUCCUAGUUAGUUCUACUCUUUAGCUUCAUUUAUCGCAUUAAUUUUUUUUUCUGCGCCAGCAAAUAAGCAUAUAUGGAUAUUAAAGGAGAUCCAAGUGGCCGCUAUUGAGUAUUGACAUUGAAAUUCUCUAUGUGCUUUUAUCUGAUAACACAGUUGAAACUGGACACAUGGCAAAUCCAACACUGCCCUGAGUUGUCUCAUGUGACUGCAAUGAAUUGUUUGCACUCUCCUGAAUGUUAUGUUAUUCAAUCCAAAGAUACUUCCUCAUGAAUACCACCCUUUGAUGAUUAUGCUGUAUCACUAUCUGUGAGAUACUUCAGUUCCUCUGAGUCUCAUACUUCAUCAUUUAUCUUGUUAUCAAGGUGUCAGUACAGCACUAUAGCUUUAUCUUGACACAUGAUAUUUUUAUGUCAUUGCAAGGACUAUGGAGUACAGGCACAGCUGUCUAACUGGAACUAUUGUAAGCCACAGAGAAAGAAAAAAAAUAUCUGAAUGGAUGAAGCUAAAUCAAAAUUGUCCUCUUUACAAAGUUUUGAUGGACAGUGUGUCGUCCCUAUCAAUGUAAUCAUUGUGUGUGUGUGCAUGUUUCGGACCAUAAAGUUUCCUGAUUGGUUGGUUGCAUAGAUUUGGCUAUUAGUGAUUAUCUCUGAGAAUACGGAAGUGAUCUCCAUGCAUGUGCCGGUGCUACAGUCCACGCCAACUUGCCAAGCAAGGAACUCUGUGCCGGAUCUGGGGGAUUUGUGUCAGCUAUGUGACCAAUGGCAUGUGCAGCCAUAUGCAGCCUGAUCUCUGGUACUUUCCAUCUGCUCAGAUGCCAUGUAUUCAGUUGCCAUGUGCAUGACAUGUUAUCUUAAGAAAGAAGGGGAGCAACAGUUACUUCAGUUAUGCAUCUGGUGCAACAAUUUCCGCGCUGCAGGGGCAGAACUUCUAUGCUUAUUUUAAGAUGUGACCCUGGUUCUGACAGCAAUCUUCAUCUCGCUUGAGAUGCGUGGACAGAACAAAAGAAUUGCUCAAGUUCAGAUGCAGGUAUUGCGGCUGAUGUCCUGUGCUGUGCCUGAUGACCGGAAAGAGGUUCCAACUUUGUGGUAUACAGGCCAGAAGAGAGAGCCAUCUGAUUCAUACAUAGUAUAUCUACUAAAGGUGAAUGUGGACGCUACAGAACUGUGCUUUCAGGAGCUAACUGAACAUGGGAAUUGCAGAAUAUUGUGAAGCUUCAGCACUGACAUCGACACAAUAACCCCCAAAUCCAUGAAUGAUUACCAGAAAGAAAACAGACAAUGAUGAGGUCGAGGCAAAUCAUGGUGGUGGUUGCUCAGAUAAGCGGAGCAGAGCGGGCGCUGAUUGCUCAUCAUUAGCAGGGAUGAGAGAAUCUUCCAUCAGUUGGAUCACACUUUGAGAGGGCAGCAAUGGUGCUGAGCUUACCUUCUCCCGUGCAAACACAUGUCGAGCCAGUGAAGUGGAAGAAAAGUAAGUGCUUCUGGUUUCACUGCAGAAGGGAGUAGAGUCCUUCAGAGUAUGCACUACAUUUGCUUACUAUGGUAGUUACAGGUAAUCAAUCUGAUGAAGAUAGCAAAGAACUCCAAAAACUAGUGGUGCCGGCCCAUUGUCUCGCUUUGCAUUAGUUUAUCAUCAUCCUAAGAGCAGAGCAUAUAAAAACUUGGCUCCCAAGCUUAAACAAAGGCUCGUAUCAAGCCAUUGAUUAGAACAUCAGAGCUAACCCGUUGAACACGCUAACCCGCGACUCAACACUCGUCCAAUCCAACCCCCUAUAUAUUGUCAGUCCCUUUACAAGUCUUUGCACCAGGCUAAGGAGGCAGCAGCAGCAGCAGCCUGAGACAAGAGACCCACCCACACCCACACCCACACACGCACACACACUGGCAAUGGGGGAGCAAGGCAGGGCGAGCAACAAGAUCAGGGACAUCGUGAGGCUGCAGCAGCUCCUCAGGAAGUGGAAGCGGCUCGCGCUCGCGCCCAAGGCCGGCAGCAGGCACGGCGGUGGCGCCGGCGUCCCGCGGGGCUUCUUUGCGGUGUGCGUCGGGGAGGAGAUGAGGAGGUUCGUCAUCCCCACGGAGUACCUCGGGCACUGGGCGUUCGAGGAGCUGCUCAGGGAGGCCGAGGAGGAGUUCGGGUUCCGGCAUGAGGGCGCCCUGAGGAUCCCCUGCGAUGUCGAGGUGUUUGAGGGCAUCCUGAGGCUUGUGGGCGGGAAGAAGGAGGCAGUGUCCUACUCCUCUUCGGAGCAUGGGAUCUUGUGCACAUGAUGGUGGCCACUUGCUUUUCGUCGUCCAUUUGUUCCCAUUCUUGGUUCUUGGUUCUUCUGAGGGGAAGAGGAGAAAGCGUUCGUCACUGAUGAGCUUAACUUGUCCAUUAUUUGUUCCAUUCAUGGUUCUUGAUUCUUCGAAGGAGAAGAGGAGGAAGAGUUCAUCGUCUACGAGCUUCGAUGAGCUUCGGCGGUUUGUAUAAGAGGGCGUAAUGAAGGAGCCGCAUUCUUUUUGAGUAAAAAUUGAAGGAUUCGAAAUAAGUAUCUUAUCUUAGGUAAAAACUCCUUCAUAAAUAAUAAUUCACUUAUUCUUUGUUCUUCAGUUCCGUAUGUAAGGGAUAGUUUGACCUCUGUAAUCUGUCCACACUCCGGUUGCUUUCUUGCUCAACACUUGCAAUAAUGAGAUGUCUUUUGUUGUUGUUGCGAAUAUGCAAUAAUGAGAUGUCAACUCCAUGUGUCUCA